AUGGCAAACGGCGACGACGACGCCUCGCGCGACUCUGCGCCCGACCUCCAGAUCCUCGGCGACCAGAUCACCCUCCAGCCCUCGGGCUAUGUCGAGCCCCCCCACGCUGCCCACGAUGCCCAUGCCCAUGUCGAUGCCGACGCCGGCGCCGGCCCCGAGAGGGAAGAGGCCCUCAUGAAACACACGGCCCACUUCCGCUCCGAACCUCUGCAGUUCCUCCGCGAGGUCUCGCUCUAUGUUUCCGGCACGGGCUGGCGCGCAUACGACCAUGUCAUCGGCCAGCCCAUCUUCUACUCGGGCUUCUCCGAGAACAUCAAGAACACGAUCCUCUCUGCGCCCCUGCUCAACGCCCGCAUCUCAAGCCUGGCCGACCGCAGGCUGGCCGUCGAGGAGAGCCAGGGCCUGCUGGGCGACAGGACGAGGGACAGCCGCGAGUACGAGAUCCGCAAGGCCCAGCGCCGCAGCUUCCUCGAGACCGGCCUGAGGGAGGUCGCCGACAAGUGGACCGACCAGAUGAUAUGCAAGUUCGAGAGCAAGACCUUCAUCAGGGGCGCCUACUACCUCGUCACCCAGCUCCUGACCAGGGCAUACCACCAGGGCAUACACGUCUCCUCCGAGGAGGUCCUGCGCCUGCGGAGGGUUGCCGAGAAGGCCGCCGCCAACAGGCAGAGCAUCGUCUUCCUGCCCUGCCACCGGUCCCACGUCGAUUAUGUCUCCAUGCAGCUCAUCUGCUACCGCCUCGGCAUUGCCCUCCCAGUCGUCGUUUCCGGCGACAACCUCAACUUCCCCCUCGUGGGCAGUUUCCUGCAGCAUGCUGGUGCCUUUUACAUACGACGGUCAUUCGGUGACGAUGCCCUGUACACCACCCUCGUGCAGACUUACAUCGACACUCUGCUGCAGGGCGGCUUCAACUUUGAGUGCUUCAUCGAGGGUGGGCGCUCGAGGACUGGCAAGCUGCUGUCCCCAAAGUUUGGCAUAUUGGGCUUCAUCAUCGACAGCCUGUUGUCCGGGCGCGUCGAGGACACCAUCAUAUGCCCGGUCAGCACCCAGUACGACAAGGUCAUCGAGACAGAGGGCUAUGUCACAGAGUUACUUGGCGUGCCCAAGAAAAAGGAGAACCUCGCAGACUUCCUGAGCAGCGGCGGGUCCGUACUCUCACUGAGGCUCGGCAGGGUGGACGUGCGUUUCCACGAGCCUUGGAGCCUGCGAGGUUUCAUCAACGAACAGCUCACCAAGCUGAACCACCCCGCCAAGUCCCUCAAGGUGGACCUGGACCCCAGCAUCCGCCAGAAGCUCCUGCGCAUCCUCGGAUAUCGCGUCUUGGGCGACAUCAACGGCGUCUCCGUGGUCAUGCCUACCGCCCUCAUCGGGACCGUCCUCCUGACCCUGCGCGGCCGCGGUGUUGGCAAGACCGAGCUUGUACGGAGGGUCGAAUGGCUUAUUGAGAGAGUCCGCGCCAAGGGAGGGCGCGUCGCGCACUUUGGUAACGCGCCCCUGUCCGAGGUUAUCGACCGCGGCCUCGAGGUCCUCGGCAAAGACCUCGUCGGUGUCAUUGAGGGUCUCCCGGAACCCACUUAUUACGCCGUCGAUCGCUUCCAGCUGAGCUUCUACAGAAAUAUGACUAUCCACCUGUUCAUCACCGAGGCGUUGGUCUCGGCAGCCAUGUACACUCGCGUCAAGCAGGGCGGCGGGCCGGCCGUACAAGACAUAUCAUACAAGGACCUACAUGACCAGGUCCUUUUCCUCAGUUCCCUCUUCAGAGGGGAAUUCAUCUUCUCGGGCGAAGGGCUGGCGGUCAACCUGAGCAAGACCCUCGCUGGCCUCGAGGCCGACGGCGUGUUGACUCUCAAACGGGACGGUCAAGGCCAGGUAACGACCGUAGGGCUAUCGGACCAGGAGAGAAGGGUCGGCCGGGAGAACUAUGAUUUUUAUUGCUUCCUGAUCUGGCCCUUUAUAGAAGCCAGCUGGCUGGCGGCGGUGUCACUAAUGGGGCUCACACCACCUGUCGGGCAGGAGGGCGAGGUAUGGAUCGAGGUUUCGAAGGCACAAAACAGUGCUCAGUUGCUCGGCAAAACCCUGUACCACCAGGGCGACCUGUCCUACUUUGAAGCCGUGAAUAAGGAAACCCUCAAGAACGCCUACACGCGCUUCGAGGAGGAAGGUAUAAUCCAGGUCGUCAAGUCGAGAGACACAAAGAUCCCACCGCGGCUGCGCCUGGCGCCCGAGUGGCAGCCAGCCCGCGACCCGGACAGCGGCGCACUCAGCGCGAUUGGCUCGCGGCUGUGGAACUUCACCGAGAAGAUAGCGAGCAGCAGGCGCGAGGGCAAGAACAGGCGUGACGGCGCGACGGUGAGCACGAGGGUGGUGAGGCUGACGGACGUGCUCGGGCGCAAGCUGUUCGAGGAGGCGGUGAGCGGGGCCGAGGGGAGGGGCAAGGGCAAGGGCAAGGGUAAGGAGAAGGCCAGCUACCCUACACUGAGCAGCGAGGACGCUCUGGUGCUCAAGAGGACUGUCAGGGAGCAGCGGCGGCGGAGGGGCCUCGAGAAGAGAGCGCGGCUGUAG